AUGGUACAGCAAGGCGAAUCGGCACCACUGGCGCAGAUGACCGGCAUUGAAAAGCACUUUGGUGGUAUUCGCGCCGUUGACCGGGUCUCGCUGGAUCUUCAUGCCGGUGAGGUGGUUGGUGUGCUCGGGCACAAUGGUGCGGGCAAGUCGUGCCUGAUGCGGAUAUUGUCGGGGGCGAUGAUUGCCAAUGAAGGCACAAUCAGGGUGAACGGGGAAAUCGCGGAUAUCCAGAAUCCGCAUCAAGCCCGAGACCUUGGUAUAGAGACUAUAUAUCAGACACUUGCGCUUGCAGAUCAUCUCAAUGCGCCUGCAAAUCUCUUUCUGGGGCGCGAACUGAAGACGAAACUCGGUAACCUGGAUGACCGGAAGAUGAUGGGCGAAGCGAUAAGCGUCUUGCGCAAGCUCAACCCGAAUUUCAAGAACCUUGACGAUCCUGUCUCCAGGCUCUCGGGCGGGCAACGUCAGGUCAUCGCGAUUGCCCGGGCGAUUUACUUCAAUGUGAAAAUACUGAUUAUGGACGAACCGACCGCAGCGCUGGGACCAUCGGAAACGGCGAUGGUCGCGGAUCUGGUCAAGAAGCUGCGAUCCACGGGAAUAGGAAUACUGCUUGUCAGUCAUGACAUGCACGAUGUUUUCGAAUUGUGUGAUCGUGUGGUCGUGAUGAACAAGGGCCGGAACGUUGGCUCGCACGGGAUCGAAGAUGUUACAAAGGAUGAUGUGCUCAGCCUUAUCAUCAAGGGCGAAUUGCCGGGCGACUGGGUUCCGCGCGGCAGGGAAAUGGUGCAAUGA